GCAAUAAAAGGUGGGAGCGCCUUGGCAGCGGGACCCGGGAUGCCGCCACCCAGAGCAGCCGCUGCCAUGGGGCCCGUGGUCCUGGCCCUCGUCCUCCUGGGCACUGCAGCCGCCACGGCCGACAACUGUCCAGAAGUGAAGGUGCUGGGGCUGGAGACCGACAAGCUCACCAUCCUCCGGGGCUGCCCGGGGCUGCCAGGGGCCCAGGGGCCCAAGGGAGAGGCAGGCACCGAAGGCAGGAAAGGAGACCCAGGCCCAUCUGGAGUCCGUGGGAAGGUGGGACCCCCCGGGCCCAAAGGAGACCGAGGGGAGAAGGGCGCGCGGGGAGAGAAAGGAGCCUCGUGGGAAGCUGACCGAUGUGACACAGGACCUCGGAGCUGCAGGGAGCUGCUCACCAGGGGCCACACCCUGAGCGGCUGGCACACCAUCUACCUGCCCGACUGCCGGCCGCUGACCGUGCUGUGCGACAUGGACACGGACGGCGGGGGCUGGACCGUGAUCCAGCGCAGGGUGGACGGCUCCGUGGACUUCUACCGGGACUGGGCCGCCUACAAGCGGGGCUUCGGCAGCCAGCUGGGCGAGUUCUGGCUGGGCAACGACCACAUCCACGCCCUGACCGCCCAGGGCACCUACGAGCUCCGUGUGGACCUGGUGGACUUCCAGGGCACCCGCCACUUUGCCAAGUACCAGUUGUUCAGGCUGGGGAGCGAGGCCGAGAAGUACCAGCUGAUCCUGGGAGCUUUUGCCGGGGGCAAUGCCGGUGACUCCCUGACCCAACACAACAGCACCCAGUUCUCCACAAAAGACCAGGACAACGACAAGUCACCCGCCAACUGUGCCGAGACUUACCAGGGCGCCUGGUGGUACAUCAACAGCCAGCUGUCCAACCUGAACGGGCGCUACCUUGGGGGCUCCCACAGUAGCUACGCAAACGGCAUCAACUGGAAUUCAGGGAAGGGGAACUACUACAGCUACAAGGUGGCCGAGAUGAAGGUGCGGCCCGUGUAGGGCGGCCAGCGGCCU